GAACAGCAGUGUAACUAACAUGUUGUCUCCUCUCUACAGCCCAUGUCCAGAACAGGGGAUGGGAGAUGAGUUUAACCUCAUGGAUCAUUCAGACAUCUACAUACUAGACUUCAGUCCUAAUCUGAAGACAUUAUGCAAGCUAGCUGUUAUUAACUACAGUCUGGACCAGCAGGGACUACCACACGACAUCAGGUGGGAGCUGAACGCCAUGACGACCAACAGUAACAUCAGUAGACCCAUCUUCUCCUCUCACGGCUAAUCUGGACUGGUACCCUCCCCAGUACCAGAACACCAGGGCUGAACUGACCCAG